AUGCAAAAGUCAUUGGAUAAUCUAAGGCCAAAUAAGUCUCACAGACUGGUUCCAAUUUCUUAUGUGAAUGAAGUUGUUAGAAACAGUGCCACAAAGAUAUUUGAAAUAAUUAAUAAUUCCUCUGUCACAACAACAGAUGUAAAUGAAGCAAAAAAAUUAAUUGAAGAAAAUCUCAAAUGCAAUCAGCAGAGUUUGUUCACAGUUGUAAAUUCAAAUGGAUUUACAUUGCUACAAUGUUCAAUUGUAAAAAAUCUUGUACCAUUUGUAAAAUUAUUUUUGAAAAAAGGAGCAGACGUCAAUUCUGGAAUUUGUAGUUUACCACUUCACCUGGCUUGCUCUCUAGGACACAUAGAAAUUGUUCAUAUGUUACUGUGUUAUGGAGCCAAGGCAGAUUUGGAGUGCACAGUGUGUUACCCUGAAGAACACAAGAUCAGAACGUGUCCUGAUAAAAUAUUCUGCCUAGCCUACCAACCUGUGUAUACACCGAUGAUGUGUAUUUUAUCAGGAGAUCAUGAUUCGCUUCUUCCACUGCUCAUUAACCAUGAAAAUUCAAAGUGCCAAAUCAAAACUGAAUUUCUCUUGCAUGAAGCAUGCAAAAUGGGAGCAUUUGCCUGUUCUAAAUACUUGAUGCAAAAUUAUUCAGAACAAAUAGUGCAAGAAAACAAGGAAGGCAAAACGCCUUUGCAAAUAAGUCUAGUUGUUGAUGCUGAUAAUGCAAAGUUCCUCAUGAACAAUGGUGCCGAAAUUAAAGACACCGUAUUUCUAAUUGACAACGGUUCAACACUCCAUGAAAUGUACAAGAGAAAGGUUAAUUUAGGUCUUGUAAAAGCAACUAAAUUUGCUCUUGAAUAUGGAUUUAGAAAUCACAUAAACAUGCGAGAUAAUGAGGGCAACACAGCUUUAUAUGUUCUCUUGAAAUGUGUUGGCAGAACAGUCAGAAGUGCGAUUCAAGUUAGCUAUGAUAAAGAAGUAAUCGAGUCAGUAAAACUUCUUUUGGUGUCUGGUGCCAAUCCAAAUAUUAUGAAUCAUUUAGGAGAGACGGCCCUCCACGUUGUGCUCACGGACAGUCUCACCAGACAGUUGUAUGUUAAUCAACAUGGACAGGUCAGAAGAUUGAAAUCUGUUCUUCAAGAAAUUUACAAAGUUGUUGAGAUACUUUUAUCACAUGGAGCAGAUCCCGGUCCAAAGUCUGCUGCCAAGUGUCUGCCACCAUUGUUCUAUGCAAUACACAUCUUUCAGUCACUGCAACCUGAAAUGUUUGUUGUCGUGAAAACUGCUUUGAAACAGUUAUUUUUCUUGUUCUCCAAGCCACCAUGCAAUAUGAACAAAAGAGAUUCAUCUGGCUGCACAAUGUUCCUCCAUCUAUUGCACACAAGUUAUCAGUGGCUGUCUGCCAACACGUCAGCUGUCAACCCCUUCUCGACAUCCAUAUUCACGUUUCUUGGGGGUGUAUUGUUAGGUUUCGUGAAGCAAGGCAUGGAUCCCAAUGAUAUAUUAUCAUACAAGUUGUCCAGAGGGCAGAACACAAUUUCAACUUAUUUUACUGAAAUGUUAUCAUUUUGCAGUUUAGAAGCUAUUGAUAAAACUAUGUACAUGCAUAUCAAAAUUAUAAUAACGAAACUUUUGCAAAAUGGGUUUGAUAUGAAUGCUUUUAUUGCAAGAGUUUGUUCCAAUGAUCCAUCGAUUUCCAAUGAUGUAUGUAGCGGUGGCAGUAGUAGCAGCAACCAUCUUGCAGAUUAUGUUGAACUUCAUUCAUUUUAUUUAAUAUUAACUCAAUCAUUCCUCAAUAGAAUGUUCUUGAAUAACUUUCAAGAAAUAUUUAGUUUGUUUUGCAACACACUAGAACAAAGAAACUUUAAUAUUUUUAUUAGUAGUUUUAUUCUAAAUACAAACUGCAAGUCAGAUGACGGUAGAGAAAUUAGCUCAGACGUUAGGGAAUAUCUGGCUAAGAUCAACUCUGUGCCAAGGUCACUGAAAAAAUUAUGUAGAAUCGCUUUAUGUGUGAAUCUCAAAUGGAGACUUCAUCCGUCAUGCUCUUACCUGCCUCUUCCAAAAAUACUAGUAGAGUACAUGCUGACACUGUAUGAUUGA